CAAUUAAGCUUUAUAAAAUACUAACCAGAUACUAUCUUGCCCUGAGUCCUUAAUUAUAAUAAUUUCUGGUUAAUUAGUACCUCCUAUGGCCAAUCACACCUCAUCUGACUCUACAGCUGGUAAUACAGAGACUGACACAGCCCCUGGCUCCAGGCAAGCAGCUUAUUGACACAUGUAUUGGGUCACCUAAUGGCCUGCCAAAUCAAUAAAUGGCUGACAAAUUGCCAGAUAUUUGUUGAUCAUAUUUAAAACUUCAGUCUUGUGCGUUCUUGCCCGGUGGGUCUUCGUAGCUUUGCAGAACAUUGGCCAAACAAGUAGAUCUCACGGCUAAGAGGUUUUACCUCAUAAUGUACAUAUUAAAGGUGAUGUAAAAUACAAUUUUGGCCAAUGAAAAAACAUUUUUAAGCAACUUCCCAAUACAAAUUCAUUACAAAUGUUCAAUGGUUUUCAAGUUAUUUGUAAAUGGAAUUGCUAUAGAAAGGCAAUGUGUCUGUCCUUUUUCCGCCUGUUGGUUCUGUCUCGGUGUAGCAGAAGUCAGCCUUGCAGUGUCUCUUUUGGCAGGUCUGUUAAUCAGUUGGCUUCUAAAAGUCAGAAUCACCAGGGUAGAAAUAGAGAGGGGCAGACCGAUUUAUUUUUGGUUUACAUUCCUUUUAAUGUUUAACCUGUCAAUGACACUUUAAAGUGUUCUAUUUAUAUGUUCCCCAUAUUUUAUAACACUUUAUUUGGUCCCCUAAAAAAUGUAUUGGCAUAUAGUGUGGUUUCCCUAGAGGGAUACUGGUCUCCCAUAUUAUCUUUUUUUUCCUUAGUUACACAUGAUGUUAAAGGAGAUGAAGGGCCGAGCAGUGAUCAUUGCCAUAUCAGAAUUCCACAACAGACAGGGAGAAAGUCUAGACAAGCGCAAGGGGGUGAAGCGUGAUGCAAACCGACUCUUUAAGGUCCUUACUCAUCUGGAUUAUAAAGUCUCCCUACAUAUGGAUGUCAGUGCCAAGGAGAUAAAGGAUAUCUACCAGAAAGAGAGCAAGAUGCCACAAGGGGGGUGCUUUAUAAGCAUUCUGUCCAGCCAUGGUGAUGAGGGGCUUAUUUAUGAUUUCUACGGGGAACCAGUUUUACUAAGAGAUCUGUACAACAUAUUGGCACCACACAACAGUCCUUUGCUUGCUGGAGUCCCCAAGCUUUUCUUUGUACAGGUAAGAGCAGCCAUUGGAGACUGCACUGUGCAUAAUAUAUAGCAGGGGGGGUCACAGUGCUAUAAUGGCCUAUAUUGACCUUGUUGCAGGCUUGCCGUGGGGUACAGUUUGACGAAGGGGUGUUUCUGGAGA